AUGGUCCGCCUGCCACUCCCGCAGCGCCUCAGCUCGCACCUCUCCGCCAGAAGUGCGAGCUCGACCCCGGGACAGAGCAGGAGUACCAGUCCCAUGAGAUCAAAUGAACCCAAACCGCUAUUGCUCAAGGUGACCGUCAUCAAGUAUUUGGUGGUGACAUUAGGAGAUGCCAGACAGUCCACCCCAACAAUAUCCAAGACCCUGAACCCGGAAUGGAACGUGUCGUUUGAAAUGCCCGUGCUGGGCGUCCCUCUGUUGGAAUGUAUCUGCUGGGAUCACGAUCGAUUUGGCAAGGACUACAUGGGCGAGUUCGAUAUCGCGUUGGAAGAUAUCUUUCAGGAUGGCCAGGUUAGCCAACAGCCCAAAUGGUACAAUCUCAAAUCGAAACGACUUUCCAGUCGCUCCACCCGAAAGAAGAAGAAGGACAGCACUGUUUCGGGCGAAAUCCUGCUCCAGUUCUCUCUUUCGGACCCUGCCCUCCCCGGAGCCUCGCCCACGGAUACUUAUCGCAAGUUUAGAAACUUGGCGUGCAUUGGGGAGGAGGAUGACCCGUUGGACCAGAUACCUACCGCCGAGCUGGACGAGCUGGACCUGGAUGAGGAGACCUCUGAUGAAACCGACGAUCAGACUAAGCCCGAGAUUGUCGAGAAGCGUCGGAGGCGGUUACGACUGGCUCGUUUGCGCCGCAAAUCCUUGGCCGCCCGCGCAUAUCAAUUCUCAGGCUCAGGGACCGGUGUUCAGGUGACACGAACUUCAUUUGACAUGGAUCCCUUCGUGGUUACUUCUCUCGGGAGGAAAACACUUCGAACUCCCGUCGUGCGCCAUAACCUAAAUCCCGUUUACCAUGAAAAAAUGGUCUUCCAAGUUAUGCGGCACGAGCAGAACUACCUAAUCAGCUUCACGGUAAUGGACCGGGAUAAGUUUUCAGGCAAUGACUUUGUUGCCUCGGCAAGCUUCCCAUUACAAUCCCUCGUCCAGUCUGGCCCUGAAACCGACCCCGAGACAGGUCUAUAUCAUUUUGUAGAGUUGGAUGAGCCUAGCCCGGCGGCAAAGUAUAGUCCUCGCUUUGCCGUCAGCCCUUCGCCAUCUUCAUCAAACCUUUCCAAGAUGAGCAGACCUCCGUUCAAGACCCGCAGCUCCUCGGCGUCCAUCACACAGUCCGUUGGUGACUUGGCCAACAGAGCACCUACCUCUGCCCCAGACGAGUCUUCUGGCAUCGACAGCAGCAGCAGUACCCUGCAGAUUCCAAUCACUUCGAGCGAGACGAUAAUAGACCCGCUUCCCCUGCCGGACGAGGAGGGGCUGAGGGCGUACACGAUCCCCCUGACACUUAAAAAUCGAGAACGGUGGGAAGACAAGCACUCGCCCGAAUUGCAUGUCAAAGCAAAGUACCUACCCUAUAGUGCUUUGCGCCAGCAGUUCUGGCUGCUGAUGCUCAAACAAUACGACGCCGAUGACAGCGGUCGUAUUGAUAAGGUCGAAAUGACUACCAUGCUUGAUACUUUGGGUUCAACUUUGAAAGAAUCAACAAUCGAUAGCUUUUUCACCCGCUUCAGCGCCGAGAACGAAACCAGCGAGACCGCUGAUCUUUCCUUCGACCAAGCAGUGAUCUGCCUCGAAGACACCCUGCGCGCACUACAGAGAAAGAACUCUGUCUCCUCUCUGCCGCCCCAGAGACCCCGCAUGGGACCGUCAUCAGUCGGAAGCCAAGAAACCGUCCCAACUUCGAAUAGUGAUGAGCAGCCCAGUUCGAACGAGGAAGACCUUCACCCAGACGAUCUAGCUGAUGAGAGAGGCGAGGAGCACGUCGUGGAGAUUCGCGAAUGCCCGCUUUGCCACCAACCUCGCCUUUCGAAACGAUCCGACGCCGAUAUUAUUACCCAUAUUGCAACAUGUGCUAGUCGUGACUGGCGCCAGGUCGACAAUCUCGUUAUGGGUGGAUUCGUGACUUCCAGUCAGGCACAGCGCAAAUGGUACUCUAAGGUUAUUACGAAGAUCUCUUACGGUGGUUAUCGCCUUGGUGCCAACUCUGCCAACAUUUUGGUCCAAGAUCGUAUUACCGGCCAGAUUAACGAGGAACGUAUGAGUGUUUAUGUCCGACUGGGAAUCCGACUGCUUUACAAGGGUCUCAAGAGCAGGGACAUGGAGAAGAAGAGAAUCCGUCGCGUUCUACGUUCCCUUAGCGUCAAGCAGGGGCGAAAGUACGACGAUCCCGCCUCGGCCGCCCAGAUCAAGGACUUUAUUAAUUUCCAUCAAUUGGACAUGUCCGAGGUUUUGCAGCCUCUUGAAAAGUUCCGUAACUUCAACGAAUUCUUUUACCGCGCAUUGAAACCCGAGGCUCGUCCCUGCUCCGCCCCCGAUGAACCCAGGAUUGUUGUAUCCCCUGCCGACUGUCGCUCUGUGGUCUUUGAUCGUAUCGACGAGGCGACUAGCAUUUGGGUCAAGGGCCGAGAGUUCUCCGUCGAAAGAUUACUUGGAAAUGCCUACCCCGAAGAUGCGGCCCGAUACCACAACGGUGCGGUGGGUGUGUUCCGCCUUGCACCGCAGGAUUAUCACCGCUUCCACAUCCCUGUUGACGGAGUGAUGGGUGAGCCGAAAACUAUCGAGGGUGAGUAUUACACGGUCAACCCAAUGGCCGUCCGCUCCGCACUUGAUGUUUACGGCGAAAAUGUUCGUGUACUUGUCCCUAUUGAUUCUGUUGCCCAUGGCCGUGUGAUGGUUAUCUGUGUUGGAGCCAUGAUGGUCGGUAGCACGGUUAUUACGCGCAAGGCUGGCGAGAAGGUUUCUCGAGCGGAGGAGCUUGGUUAUUUCAAGUUUGGUGGCUCUACUCUUCUCGUUUUGUUUGAAGAGGGAGUGAUCAAUUUCGACAAGGAUUUGGCGGAUAAUUCCAAGGGUCCUUUGGAGACACUGAUUCGAGUCGGCAUGUCAGUUGGGCACAGCCCUGAUAUUCCUCAAUUCGAACCAGAUAUGCCCAAGGACGCAGAGAACAUCACUCAGGAAGAUAUGGAAGAAGCCAAGCGGCGCAUUGAGGGUAGUGUGUCUGGCCCCGGUGAGCCUGCCCCGGUAGAUGCUGCGAUCCAAUGA